CAGCUCACUAUCAAGAGGCUAAACUCAAAUAUAUAAGUCAAAAGUUUCUUCUAUCAUUGCCUUACUUUUCACUUUCAUCACUAUCUAAAAGCAUCACGCUUCCUUUUCUUUUUGUUGAAACUUGCAAACGGAGGAAGAAAAUGGAGUUCACCAAACUUAAGCCUGAAUAUGAUCGAACAAGUGAAUUGAAAGCUUUAGAUGAAACCAAAGCUGGAGUUAAAGGACUUGUUGAUGCUGGAGUUAAAGAGGUUCCUCCGAUAUUCCACCCACUUCCAGACCAUUUUGAGAAGAACUCAGUUUCAGGUGGCAUCCAGGUUAGUAUUCCUGUUAUAGACCUUGAGGGAGUGAAGAAAGAUCAAGGUGCUCGUCAGAAGAUUGUUGAGAAAGUUCGGAAUGCAUCAAGAUCAUGGGGAUUCUUCCAAGUUGUGAACCAUGGAAUUCCUCUGAGUGUCCUGGAGGAGAUGAAGGAUGGUGUACGAAGGUUUUUUGAGCAAGAUUUGGAGAUGAAAAAGCAGUUCUACGCUCGGGAUUAUACCAAAAGGGUGGCCUACAAUUGCAAUUUUGAUCUGUAUAGUUCACCAGCAGCCAACUGGAGAGAUACACUUUAUAGCUUAAUGGCUCCCGAUCCUCCCAUGCCAGAAGAGUUACCAGAGGUAUCCAGAGAUAUAAUGAUGGAGUACUCAAAGCAUGUAAUGCAUUUGGGUUAUUUGUUGUUUGAGUUACUGUCUGAGGCUCUAGGGUUGCAGCCUGAUCAUUUGAAAGACAUGGACUGUGCUAAAGGGCUGACUAUGCUGUCACAUUAUUACCCCGCAUGUCCACAGCCAGAACUCACUCUGGGUGCAACCAAGCACUCUGACGAUGACUUCCUCACGGUGCUUCUGCAAGACCAUAUUGGUGGCCUCCAAGUUCUUCAUGACAACCAAUGGGUUGAUAUACCCCCAACUCCUGGGGCUCUAGUGAUUAACAUCGGAGAUCUUCUACAGCUAAUAUCAAACGAUGCUUUUACAAGUGCGGAGCAUAGAGUACUGGCAAAUUCUGUAGGACCAAGAGUAUCAGUAGCAUGCUUUUUCAGCACUUCUCUUCUGCCAGAUUUAAGACCUUAUGGACCAAUUAAGGAGUUGUUAUCAGAAGAAAAUCCUCCAAAAUACAGGGAAACCACUGUGAGAGAAUAUGUUACUUACUUCAUGGCAAAAGGCCUUGAUGGUACUUCUGCCCUGCUGCAUUUCAAGCUCUAAACUUCGCCAUGGAGGUACAUCAGCAGCAGCAUAUGAUAUUAGUUCAAUAAUUUUCAUCUUUUUUGGUAAAAGUUGGUCAUGAAAACUUUGAUUCUUGACCAAUUAAAAGCAAGUGUUGUUUAUUUGUUGAACUGAUGAACCUUAAAUGUUUGA